UCAACCUCGUCCUACUUCAGGUCGUAGACCUUCGUGUACGCCAGUAUACGUAUCGUAUGUGUAUCCGAAAGCAUUAUCGGAGAUUCACGGUUCGGCAAAUAUGAAAAUUACGUUCCUUACGAGCUUCGCAUAGAAUUUGAAUGUUUACAAGUACAAGUGAUGUUAAUUGACGCUCAAUUUUCGGUAGUGGACAUGCAAACGCGUUACUGUGAUGUUAUGCGUUACUCCUCCGAGUAUGGAAACUGAUUUGAAAGAAGAAGCGUUCAGUAAGGAAGAAAUAUCGUUGGUGUCUGUAGGGUGUAUUGCGUAGGAAUGGUAUCACCGUCCAAGCUUCAACAUCAAGAGCAAAAGCAACCGUCGAAAGAGUAUAUAUUGAAUAAAUGUUCGUGUCAGCUGCUUUGACAUUCAAAUUGCGAUAGAAUUAUAUUUUUAACACAAGUUCUUCUUAUCUUCUCUUAUGUUGGAAAUGAUACUAGAUGUUCGCAUACAAAAGGGCCUGAAACCUUUGGCAAAGAAGUCAUUUUACUUGGAUAUAAAGAAUCAUGCCGCUUCGGCCAAGCUAGAGGCAAAAAUCAAGGAUCUUGGAGGAGUGAUAGAAUUAUUUUUAGUGCGCACCGUUAGUCUAGUUGUCACAGAUCGUAUUGACAGAGUCGGUCAAGUUCAUUGCGAAAAAUAUAAAUGGGGUUGUAUCAGUGGUGGCAGCGGGGGAACCCCCUCGCUGAGGAGCAUAGAAUUUCCAACUCCGACACCUCCUACGCCGCUUUUAAGUUCUGAGUGUCCUUUGUACAAUACGACCAAUCUGCAGGGUCACACUACCCAAAGAUCUAAAUCGCGGACGGAUGCAAUGUUGGAACGUGCUCUGACCCAACCACAGCAUUGUUCCGUGGAUCCGCUUGACAACGCCCUCAACUGGGGAAUACCUAUCUGGGCAACCGAUAAAAUUCAGGCUUGGCUCGAUAAAAUCUAUGCGUCUCUUAAAGACACUAGUAGUUUGAAACAUCUACAAGGAACAACGAGCAGGCAUAGGUUCGAGAAAGAUCUCAAAGUCAAGCACUUGAAAGGGUCGUAUGUCAAGUUUGAAUCUUUUCGCAGAGAUACAAGACCGGUAUUUUUGGAAUUAUCAACGUGGCCAACGUUGAACUUUGACGGAGACCCAGGAACUUGUCCUUUCGACGCUAAGAGGAGAGAAAAACUUGAAAAUAAAACAAAUAAGGAGAUUAAGGAAAACAGAGAAGCUAUCGCAAAUAAAAAAGAAGGUAAAGAGAUGACUCGACGACCACGUGCAGCUCGUGCUCGUAGAACGGAACAAUUAGGAGCUGGUUAUUGUGAAAUAUGUCGAAUAGAUUAUCGUGAUUUAGCGAAACACGUGCAAAGCGAUCAACAUUCGAGUUUUGUUCAAAACGAUGACAAUUUUCUCUCUUUGGAUACUUUAAUCAAUACAAGUGCCAGUGUAGAGGCAUUUUUGAAACUAAACAGAACAAAAGAUAUCGGAGAAGAAUGCAAUAUAUAUCCAACCGAGGAUCGUACUCUUCGCGACGUACUGCCAGAAGAAAAGAUCGCUAAGAAUGAAAAGACUUCAAAUAAUUACUCCGUACAAGGAAUAGACAUGGUGCAGUGCAAUGGAACCCGAAGAAAUCUUAAUUUAAAAUUAAACUCUCCUCACAACUUGCGAACGCGCGCUAAACACGAAAGUGGGCAUUUAUUGAGAUCAAAGGGUAGCCCUUGGCACGAGGUCGAUAAGAACGAAAAAUUUUACGACAAAUUCGAGGGUUUUACUAUAAAAAAGAGAGCAAAGGGAACCAUUUGGAUCGAAGAAGAAGAUCCGGAAAAUAAAUACUCGCAAGCAAGUGACAUUAAAAGCUCCGACCAAGUAGAUUAUAAUAAUAUUAAAUCGCCGGGAAAAGAUGUAAAUGGUAUCAAUCAACGUGAUUAUGGGGAUAAUAAUACUGUAAAUAAAAGGCAUAAUGGUACAGAUAAUCAGGAUAUUAAAGAAUUAGACGGCGGGAGGGUUCCAACUAAUGAACAAAAUGGUGUAUUUAAUCCUGAGCUUCCUUCGAAGAAUGAAAACGACGCGAAUAUUAAUAUUCACGGAGAGAUUGUAAGAUCUAAUUUGUUGAAAAAUAAUGUAAAUAUAAAUGGCUUGUCCGAUAAGAAUAAUCGUAUAGAAUCAUGGAAAUCUACGGACGGUAAAGUAAAGUUUGAUGGUGCGAAGAAUGAGUUGGAAUUGCAAAGAGUACGAUCGGAUAACGGGAGAGUCGUCGGAGGUGGUGAUCAUAACGAGAAAAAGGAAUCUAUCGAGGUAGUUUGUAAUAAUGGUCAUACGGAUAACAAUCAGAAGGAAUUAAAGGCGUUACAAUGUGCAGAAAAGGAAUUGGGUUGUGAGAAAUUACGAUCGCCUAGGGUUGCUGCUGGUGGUAGAAGAGGUGGUAGAAGUUUUCGCGGGCGUCAUAGAUUGUCGGUCGAAGAACGCCUGAUCGAGGAUAAUCGUGCAUAUUAUAAAGUCGAGGUAUUAGGAAGUAAACUACGGUCGAGCACAUUACCGUGCAACAAUACCUUGUCAAAUUCUACGAUUAAGGAUGCGGAGGUGGAGGAGGAGGAGGAGGAGGGAGAGGAAGAGGAGGAGGGUGAAAAGAAGGAGCAGCAGCAGCAACAGCCAUCCAGUGAAAAACCAGUUGUCGUAAGAUUCAAACGCGUAAGAAAAUCUGAGCUUUCCCUGUUAAGCGACGAGGCCGAGUCUUUUAUGUUUGGAGAACCUAAGCGCGACGACACGAGCGAGAUUAGCGACGAAGAACAAACUAGUGUUUUACCUAGGGACACCGAAAGCGAUUACAACGAGACUAUCAGUUCCGACAUACUUAGUUCGAGCUUGGAUUCCAAUCCUCGGAUAAAACAAGAGAUUUUGGAAGAAGAUUCGCAGGACUCCGUUAAUCUUGGCAGAGCGAGAAAAAGAAGGCGUACACAGGCGGAGGCGCUUAUUAAAGACAAUGCCGACUAUUACAAGUUCGAAACACCUGGCAGUAGAUUGAGAUAUCAGGCACCAUUAAACGGGGUCAACAAGGCCCCCAUUAAUACCGAACGCAAGGAGGUAAGAUCUGACGUUAAUGAAGGAGAAGUCGUAGAGAAAAUAUAUCCGUCCAAACCUUCGGCAGAAGUUGAAAGAAUGCAAUUUUCGUUCGAAGUAGUACCGAAAUCGGAACCGUGGUAUCAAACCUAUCAACGACAGGACGAGGGCGCUGAAUUUUGGCAUUACUUCAGCGACGGGGAUACAGGAAGACCGUUCCUUUUACCCUAUGAGAUAGAAAACUUCCAUGAGACCAUACUUAGGAAUCAGGCGAAGAAUGAAAAUAGAAAAAAGGGUAGAGGCCGUAGUAUAGGCUGCAUCGGACGGUCCCCUAGAAAAAGUCCGCGUUGUCAUGCAUCGACGUUGGCGAUAAUGUCCACGAUCAUAAGAAAAAGGGAACAGCAGCAAAUCACUUCAAAUCUCUGUACGAUAGAGGAAUGUCAAUCUCUGAAAUCGCAGAUGGAUACUCAGGCGAAAGCGGAUGCAAAAGGAGAUAUUAAAUUGGAUUCUAAGGUGUCCGACAUCGAUGAAGAAUUGAAGGAAAUCGCGAGAAAUAUCGACGAAAUGCUUAACACGAGAGAUGUCAUAGAAAUGGAGGAUGCGUUUGAACCCGAUAAUGUACAAAUGGACGGGCUAGAGGAGGAGGAGGAUGAUUUCAUUGAAUCGACGAAUGUACCGAAAGGUCCGCCGGCAAAUCUGUUGGAAUUACUGGACAACUGUCAUGAACUCGUACCUUGUAUAGAAAACUCAUCGUGUGCCAGUUCGGAGUGCGGUGAAGGAAAUGUCGAGUCGCCCUUAAAACGACGUAAAAAGAGAAAAAAUAGAACAGGAUGGCCCGGGAUUAAGAUACGAAAAAAGUUACAAAAUAAGAUGAUUAUAGGCACGUACAACGGUGCUCAAGGAAAUUUCAAGAGAGCUGGGGAGUUAUCGAGAGAGAAAAGUGUUGGUCCGUUUGACGAAAAGAAUAACGAGGUUGACGGCGACGCCGACAUGUCUCUGCGAUUGAUGGCAGACACACAUACAGAAAUAGUUUUAUCGAAUGGUAGUACGAUUUCAUCUACUACUAGGCACAAUGAAAAGAUUACGGUCGACAAAAAAAAUAAUAAAAGCACACCGGAUGAUUGCGAUGAUCCUGGCGUAUCUACUAAAACACCUCCUAGAGCGUGUCCCAAAACGUGUCCUAAAACGUGUCUUAGCGCGACUGUGAUCGGUAAAAAUAAAAAUGCGGACAAUAGCGGUGGCAAAAAUUCCACGACCGUGGACGAAUUGAGAAUUUCUAAGGUAUUUGGCGAGGCGCAAAGGACUUUAUCGGAUAAGAAUUUUACGUUGGACAUAGAGGAAGAAGUGUCGGAGAACGAUCCUGGAAACGAUGAAAAUCACGAGAAUGUAUUUAGGAAAGAUGUGAACGGUGUUAUUGUGUUAGAACGACAAUUCAUCACGAAAGCUGUCGUAAAGAAACGUCCGCGCAUAAACACAUCCUCCGAGGGCUGCGAAUCGCGUACCGAAAUUGAAAAUCAUGACAUUUUGUCAGCCAGAAAGGACAUAGAUUCUGGGAUAGUAUCGAGAAAGCAUCAUAGUCCCGGCGACGUGUCUAGGCUGGGAUGUCAACAAACCCGUUCGGAAAACUCUAAUAUUGACGUGGACGCUCAUAGGACGGUUUACAGAAGGAGUAAAGUAGGAGGAGUGGUAAGGUCUAGGAAACGAGUUAACACGAGGAAACAACAACGAAGGAAUAAUAACGUUCCCUCGGAAUCCGUAUACGAGAGCGAAAAUUGCAAGAAUGAGUCUUAUUUGAGUAUUACUUGUAAAAAGCAAGAAACUAUGAAAAGUGCGAAGAAACAAAGCGACGAAACGAUAGGACCCUCGGUCGACUUACAGGACUCGGCCGAAUUGGAGUGUGCACUGUCGGAACGUAACACUCCCACCACCACUACCACCAUGCCGCCUUCCGAUUUACAACAAAGACGUUCGAGCAUCGAGUUUCAGCCGGUAGUUAGAAUGAUGAAGAUAGACAAUCCAGUUGACAUGGAUCAUAGUAUUUUGUCGGUUACUGUAGCAAGUAAUAGAAGGUUAAGAAGUUCGAAUUCUCAUAGAACGAACGCUCAGCCACCGCGAAAACGUUUGAAAACUGCGCGUGGACAAUUUGGAAGGUGGUUGAAAAGUAGUAGCUGAAAUCUCGGAUAAAUCGCGUCUACGCCAACCGUCGUGAAAUUUCAAAAUUAAAGAGUCCUCUUUUAUGCUGCUUCUUCUUCUUCUUCUUCUUCUUCUUCUUCUUGCCACCAAGAGGCGCUGGAAUUUUGAAAUUUUCUUCACCCAUGUAAAUUAUGUGUAAUAUAGUAUUCGUCUAUGUAGUAUAUAGUAUUUAACGUUACUGACACGUAAAAUCUUAAUAAUAUUCUACUUGAUAUCUUCUUGACGCGAUACACGCGAUAAUGCGUCGUCAAACUUGUACAUUCGUCGAAUGCGGUCUUGAUGUUCUCAGAAUUAAUGUUUUUUCUAUCCGCAUCGUCACCCAUCCAACUAAAUCCCUCCCUCCCACAGCGGCUUUUUUGUUUAUAUUAUAAUGUUUGUAACAGGUACAAAAAUAUUCCAUGUAUUAUAUAAACGGUAUUUCUGGAACAUAUGUGACUAAAGAGAAGAAAUUCUUUAAGCGCGCACGAGACUGCAUACAGCUUUGUAAUAUGUAUAAUCUCAUAUUCUGUUUAUGCUUCGCAUUAUCCAAGGUAACACUGUAAAUCCUCGGAGGAAAACAAAAACAAAAAAAGAAGAAAAAACUACAAAAAAAAAAGGAAAUACCUUAAUUAUUUUAUUUCAAGUGGAAAUAUGUAAGUUUCUCGUGAGUUCAACAAGAAAAAUUAUUAUUAAAGAUACGAAUUUUUCAAUAAAAGA